AUGCAGGCUCUUCCCCUCAUUACCCCCCACGUGUGGGUGCGUCGGGACAGAUUGAUCCGCUUGCGUCUAGGUACGUGGCUGGCUCAGAAGGGAGACUUCUUGAUGCACCACACCGUUCGGGGCAAGAGAGCGUCAGAUAAAAGGCCCCCCCGUCUGAUAGACGCGGACUCCAGCUACUCUCCUAGCCAUACGCUCAACGUCAUGCAGAGCCGAGUCGUCCUCUUGUUCAUCACACUCGUUGUGCUCGCAUGUCUUGCGGUCGCUAACGCCGUCCCUCUCUACGACGAGGCUGCCAUCAAGAGAGAGCUCAAGCAGUACAAGAUGAGACGUCGUGCGAAUCCCGCCGCGAUCCGGGAUGAUGGCUGGAAGCCCAAACCCUCCAAGAAAUGGCACGAGGAUGUCGCUGUUCCGACUCCCGCUUGA